AUGGCGGUUGCUCCUGCGGGGGUGGAAGGUGUAAUGGCGGAUGUGGCGGCGGCUACGGUGCUGGGUGUGGGUGUGGUUGUGGUGGUGGGUGUCAAGGUGGGUGCGGCUGCUCAGGGGGAUGUGGCUACAACAGGGGUUGUGGUUGCAGUGGAGGGUGCGGCUGCAGCUGCGGAAGUGGCUGUGGUGGAUGCAGUGGCGCUUGUGGUGGAAGGCCCCCGCCACCGCCAGCACCGCCACCGCCUCCACCUCCACCAGGUCCGCCGGCAUCAAC